GACAGAGGCCUAAUGGGUUUUUUGAUUUUGUUGCCAUGCAUGAAAAGCUUGCGAAAGUUAGGGAAAAAAAAAAAACCGAAAAAAGAUGCGCAAUUAUAUAUAUGCAUACAAAGAAAGUACACAGAUGUUUCAGAACAUCAUGAAGUUUUGCAUACAAGG